CUAAAAUUAACGUAUAUACCACUACGCGACGCUUUUUUGCGCCUCUGACCAGACACAUACACUAAUGAGCGUUCCAGCAUGGGCUUCCGUGUUGAUCGCUCUCGGUGCAGUAGCCGCUAUUGCACUUUCUGCUGAUCAUCUCUACAACCGCAUUACGCGAAACCCCUUCAAGCCUGCAAAAAAGCAUUGCUUCAUCACCGGUGGCAGUACUGGUCUCGGAAAGUCGAUGGCGAUCCAGUUGAUUAAAAAGGGAGCUAAUGUGACUAUUGUGGCACGUCGUCAAUCUGAAUUGGACAAGGCUGCACAAGAAAUUGAGGCAUGUAAAAUCAACGAGGAGCAACGCGUUGUUACUGUUAGCGCCGAUAUGACAUCCAAAGAGGAUGUCGUCCGGGCAUUGGAUGAAGCCAAGGUCAAAAUGGGUGUUGUCCCGGAAAUUGUAUGCACUUGUGCAGGUGCCUCAUAUCCAAAGUACUUCUUGGAUCACACAUUGGAUGAAUUCGAACACCUUAUACGCCUCAACUACCUUGGCCAAGCGUAUGUUGCUCACCAAGCAACACUGUUGAUGCGUGACAAUGGAGUCAAGAACGGCAAGAUUAUCUUUGUUUCAUCUAUGCUGGGUCUUUUAAGUUUCACAGGCUACUCCACCUAUUCUCCCACUAAAUUUGCUGUCCGUGGUUUGGCUGAUACUCUUCGUAAUGAGCUUAAGCGAUACAAUAUUGAUGUGCAUAUUUUCUUCCCCGGAAAUAUCGACUCGCCAGGUUAUGAAGUUGAGAACAAGACAAAGCCUGAAGUGACCAAAACCAUUGAAGGAGCAAGUCCAGCCAUGGAUCCCAUGGAUUGUGCUCAGGCGCUUAUAAGCGGUUUAAAUGCAGGCCAUUAUAUGAUUACAACCGAGUUCAUUGGCGAAGUUUUGCGAUGCGCUACCCGAGGUGUAAAUCCAUCAAAUAAUUACGUUAUCGACUUCCUUCUGGCCAUGAUUGCACAGCCGGUUGGAUCCAUCUAUGCUAUUUUCAUGGAUUAUGUCGCCCGUCAGACAAAAUGAAGAUCAAAAUACAAGCAAUAAAGGGACAAUUGUGCGUAUAUUUUAUACUUUAAUGGAUGUUAAUAAUACAAUGGAGGUUUGUUUGUAUGAAAAUGCAUAAACUUUGUACUACAUGAAAAUGACGGAGCAAAAAAAUAAUGUUAUGCAUUAUGUAAGUUCUAAUUUUCUUAGGCUACAUAUGUACAUAUUUGCUGAAUAAGUUCUUUUU